AUGUCCCUCCCGACCCGCCAACAGUUUUUCUAUAAAGGCAGACACCCUAUUUCGCGAGACCCCACUUCUCUUGACUAUCAACUACCACCUACAUGCAUGCUGGCACUGAUUCUCAGAGCCCUGCCCCACUGUGCUAUCCAACCCGACUCUGAGGAGAUUCCUGUUUCCCCAGAGAGUUCACUACCAUCAUUGACACCUUCAACGAAUGACAUCGAUGACAGAGACCAGAUGCCAGAAGGCACUGCUCUGCCUGUACCACACAUCGAUCUCGCAGCACACGAAAGAGAGAGAUAUCUAGCUGCAUUGGCAUGUAUGCAUAUAGCCAUCUCAGCAGACCUGCCCAGUGAAGAAAUCAACAAGGACAACUUUGACGACCUCCCUGAUCUUAUCCCCAUCACAGACAAUGAGGAUGACUCCUUCUCAGAUGAUGAGACCUCUUCAGACAACGAUGAUGAUCAAGGUGGUUGUUCACUCUUGUCCUCAGAUACCGAUAAUGACCCUGCACCUCCUGCUGCACCAGCCAUUCCUGCAAAUGCAGAUUCUGCUGAUUCUGACUCUGACUCUGAUUACUCUUUUGUCAAACAUUCUCGCUCCUGUCCCCAUCCCCUAGCUUUUACCAUGUCGAUGGCUGCUACAGUAGAGCAAAACUUGUGCACUGAGGCUCCAAUUCUACAUCCCGGUGUGUACACUAUUGAUAUUCUCAAUGACUUUGUGGAAGCCUUCAAGAAGGCAAUGAAAUCCUGA